AUGACACAACCAUGGCCAGAAGACCCUAAUGAAAAGGCCAGGAAGUUAAAAGAACUUCAUCUCCGAUAUCAGCGGGUGUUUGCCAUGGAAUCAUCGAAGAAAAACAUGAAUACAAAAAUCAUUACAGCCACUACAACUUCAGAAAAAGCAGAGAAAACAAAUAUACAGCAUCACCGUAUCCAAAAUCUAGCCUUUUUUCCGGCAAGUAAAAGUACUCAACAAUUAAAGAGGGAAGCUCAAUUCGAAAGGAUGCGUUUAGCCCAACAAACUAAUUAUAGUCUUGAGCCCACCUUUAUGAUACCGGACAGUGUAAUAUGUGUACCAAAGCUAGCACCUGAAGCAAUACCUGAGACCACAAUACCUGAGACGGACGUAUCAUCAACAGUUAAUCAAAAGAUCAUCGAAGAACAGGACUAUCAUACAACCAAAGAAACUAGAUCACACGAUAGCGAUGUCGAUACUCUAUUAUUGGCCCAAGAGUUGGAGAUCAACAUCCGGCCAGAAGAACAACAUGACAUAGAACAAAGUGAACCAGCGAUGCCACUAGUACCACCAGAGAGUAAACGCAAACAGAAGAAACGCCUCUGGGUUUCUAAAAUCGAAAAGAAAAAAAUCUGA